UUCUUCCAUCUCUCUGUCUCCACUCGGCCAACUGGACAAGAGCCACGAAACCUGCGUCGGUCGGUUCAUGGCGUGCAGCUUCUCCCCUUCCUCCGCCACGAGGCUCCAGGCGGUGGACGCGGCGGCCGUGAAGAGCGCAAGGGUGCCCCUCAAGGCGUCGGUCUCGCCCGCGCCGAGAUCGCUGGGCGGCUGCAGGGCUGCCCGCCAGGAAUUCGAGGGCGCGACACAGGAUCCAAGCGUCUCAGUUUCUUCGGCACGCACACAGUUGGAUCUCCUGGAGCAACUGACGUCGUCCUCCACACCUAAUGGCACCGAGAAUGAAACCGCUACGGAAACCCGUGUGCUCACCACCAUCCGUGAACAGCUGGUAGCGCUGUACGGUGACAGGGGAGGCGAAUUCACAUUCACCCUCCCGUUGGGCAAGAGGCUCAGGGAAGGCCUCAAGACCCUCAACACCCUCACCGUCUCACAGAGAAGGAACAUCAAGAGGCAAGCCAUGCUCACCAAGGUUAGCGGGAGGAAUGACUCGGUCUUCUUCGCGACUGUCGGUGCAUUCGUCCUCGUGCCGCCUAUCGCCAUUUUAGCUAUCGCUAUCUUAACUGGUUAUGUCCAGCUCUUGCCAUGAAUCAAGAAGCUUUUAGUUGUCAUCUUCAGGCCUUUUCAUACACAUGAAGGCACUUUGGCUCUGCCAGAGAAUUGUAUGUCUGUAUAUAUAGUUUGAAUUUGUAUAUGGAGCAUGUAGGUUUUUAUCCAUUAA